AUGAUGAAUUAUCAACAGGAUGAAAGUAUUCGAGAUCUCAAUGCCGCACUUCAAAAGGUUUUAUUGGCAUUUCCAGGCAACAGUGGUCACCAAAUAAUCCAAGAUACGGUUAAAAGAGCUAUCAACGCAUCUGGAUCACAAUUUCCAACACCAGCAUGCAUCCAGACUGAAGAGGAAUCAAAACAUUUCGAUCAAUUACGUAACUUCAUCGACAACCUUGUCUUAACGGUAACGCCUCAAGCUCUUCCACCUUCCACAGCAACAAGAAACGCAUCACAUCCAUCCAAUUCCGAGCACAACAAACGGAAAUCUCUCGAUGAUCCAGAGCAUGAUGCGAAGUUGUCGAGGAGAAAGUUGUCAAAGGCGGAGCAGGAAGCAGCGGGAGCUUUGCAAGAAUUAUCGGCUGGUGUUUAA